AUGUGGCGCCAUUUGUGGUCCAGCCGGGACCUGGGCUUUUGCAUGCUUUUGCAUCAUGAAAACGGCAGAAACAUAAACAUUGCGCCCUCCCUUCACGUGAAUGCGAAGCGGGUCUUGCUCUCCACUGAGGCAUGCUUUGGCAUCAUGACGCCAGAACCUGCGGAUGCGGAACGCGGCGCCGCGGACGAGUCCCAGGAGCUCGUGGUACCGCUGAGGGAGAGCACCGCCAGAAGCACGGGAAUCCGACAUGCGCCCCGGUCGUGCAUGGAGUUUCCCAGCGACCGGCCGGAGCCGCAGGACUCCUUCCAGCAGAUACAGAGGGUCUUCGAAGAGACGGCAUUUUGCAUCCGCUUCACCUGCUGUCAAAGCAGAGGUGCUCAGCUCCUCUGCGGCCUCUGCGGGCUGGUGGCACUUCUCUUGCUGCUGGCGCUUGCAAAGGCAGUUUACACGUCGCGGGCGCCGCCUGGAGCCUUCCUCGGCGUCGAUGAGCCCAGCGGGCCUGACCCAGAGCACGACUGCGAGGAUGGCCUCAGACGCUGGGAGGUGGACUGGAGCACACAGAAGAUGGACUGGUGCUGUUGGAAUUAUGGCGUGGGCUGCAUGCAUUUCAGGUGCCAAGGAGAUCAAACUUCUUGGACAAGCCUGCAGAGAAAGUGGUGCUGCGAAGUCCGCGGCAUCGGCGAGGAGUGCCAAGUCGGGUCCCUGCGCUUCGACUGCGGCCAUAACCUGGGCACCUGGGAAAGCUGGCACCCGGCGAAGAAGCAGUGGUGCUGCAACUACCAGGGCCUCGGAUGUGGCAAAGAGUUCGAGGAGCAGAAGGAGGAGGCUGCCAUAGCCAGGGCAGCUGCCGACGCCGCCUCCCCGAUGCCGGCAAGGGAGGAUCAGCAAGAGGAGGAAGAGGAGAAAGAGGAGAAGGAGAAAGAGGAGGAGGAGGUGCACUCUCCUUCGGAACAUGGCCCUGAAGGGGAAGGUUCAGAGCACGACUCCACCACGCUCUUCACAAAGUGCCAGUCCGAAUGCGUCAUCGAGGAAGUGCAGGCGACUUGCUCCGACUGGGUCGUAGACUUCGCAAAGGUGGCCUACAGGGGAGAGCACGACGCCUGCUCUCAGGCGUACUCCCUCAUGCGCGUGAAGUGUGGGACAUCGUGCGACGACUGCCCGAUCAACGUGAUAAACUGUGAGUUCCUCGACAGCCUGCCGCCGCCCGAGUCCUCAAAAGCUGAGAGCUCCGGGCCCGAAGCCUCGGAAGCCCCGGAAGGCUCGGAAGCCGGUGGCGCCAAGGCGGAGGAAGGCGGAGCCAGGAGUGAGGGAGCCGAGGGGGCCGAGGCAGCUGCGUCCACCACCGCGGCCACGUCGGUCUCGUCCUGCGAGGAGGGCUGCGUCGUUGGCGGCUCGCGCGCCUCCUGUGCCGACUGGGUGGUGACCUUCGCCAGGGGAGAAUACCAUGGACUGCCCGAUGUCUGCGCGCAGGCCUACACGCGCAUGCGGGUGGAGUGUGACACGCCGUGUGGCCGCUGCGCCCUCGACGCCAUUGAUUGCGAGGCGCUGGACAGCUUGCCGGAGACAUCCGCAAAGACCCCAGCCACCGGAGAAAAGGCCUCGCCCGAGGCCAAUCCGCUUGCGGCGAAGGCCGCGGAAGUUUACACCACCACGACCACCACGACCACCACCACGACCACCACCACAACCACCACGACCACCACCACCUCUACCAUCAUUGCCACCCCUGCGCCGAUGAGAAGCAGAAGGAGCCCUGCAGCUGCCACUGGCCAGAGCGAGGGCGAGGCGACGAGUGCCCCUGGCGCCCGUGGCGAAGUCCCGGGCGAGCCAGAGGCGCAGCAGCCAGGGCCGCAGGAGCCAGGGACGCAGCCAGCCCAAGAGCCGGGGGUGCAGGAGCCAGAGGCGCGGGAUUCAGGGGCCGAGGAGCCAGGGGCGAAGGAGCCAGAGACGCGGGAGCCAGAGGCGGAGAAGCCUGAGGCAGAGGAGGAGGAGGAGGAGGAGUCACCCGAGCAUGACUGCUCCACCGACGCGGAGAACUGGAUGGAGAAAUGGUCGUUGGAGAAGAAGCUCUUCUGCUGCCGGAACGGCGCGAUGCAGUGCCCCUUCUGA